AUGAGCUCUGAUGAAUUGAGCAAAGGAGCAGAACGGACAGUUAGGGCAAAAUAUCAGGCCCGCAAAGCGUAUCUUGUGAAUCGAACGAAAGAGACCGAGACAAAAUUGGAUCUAGAUAAAAAUGCACCGGAUGAAACGUUACAUGAGAGUGACAAGGUGGAAUCAUUAAGUCGUGGAGUAAAGAGGCCACGUGUGCAGGAAGAACCAGCACAAGAACAUGAGUCAGCUGGUUCUCCCUCGGAUGUAUCCGGCUUAACACAGCCACGCACGCGGACACCCUCGCACACUACAACUUCAAAGAAAGUGUCGACUUCAGAGGGAAAAUCCGGGCAUCAACUGAACAAGGGACAUAAUGGUGAUUUACUUGCAGGAGGAUGUAGUUGCCCACCAUGCGUUCGACGGUGGGCGAGAAAACUCAUGAUUCGGAUGCAGCAACUUGAAGACGAGGUAUUGAUGUUGAGCCGAGAGAAAUCAACAGGUGCUGCUACUACAAAAACAGCAAGUGCAAAGCCGCGUGUGGAUUCUGAAGCGACCCAAUGCUUAUCUGAAAGUGUGACUGGUGGCGUUAUUAGUAGCUUUCAGGCAAAGCCAGCGGAUAUUUUUGAGUCGCUAAUUAACUUCAGCAAUGCUGCAGUUACAUCUCAACUAUCAGAGCGCGGGGUGUCGAACAACGAGGCCAGUACUAAGCUCGGUGUGUUGCUUGAAGCUGACGGUCAAUCGCUUCACAAUAGAGAUAACCUAGGCGGUCUGCAACGUGUUGACGAUGGUAAUGAAAACCAAAGUGUGAUUGCUUCGGUCAUGCAAGCCGUCAAUUCCGACACACAAAGCCUGAUAGACGCGUACAAGCACAUGAAUGACCAAAUCUUGUUGAACGAAAGGGCAGUUGAAGAAUCCAGUAGUCACGUUCAUGCUCUAGUGGGGUAUAGUCCCACGGCAGCAACGGACUUUCGUAGACAAGUAAAUGAGUUACAAGCAUCCAUUGGCGCGGAAAAGACUAAGCGUGAUGUUAGAGUGGCAGCUCUUAUUGCACACGUGUGGAAACCUCGGUACGAAGAAUUUAAAUCGUUGUUUGACACUCCAUUCCAGAACGCACCCCGCAAUGAGCAAGUCUAUCAUAAAAAAUGGGCGGAGGUUGCAAGCGAGAUAUACAUGAAAGAUAACAUUAUUUCUGAAUUGGAGAGACAAAUGGAAGCUCUUGGAGGCGGAAAUGGUCGCUCCAGGUACGCCGAGAUGGGUGAAUUGUCAAGCAAAAUAGCAGCAGAAUACGCUGCUAAAAUGGCGCUCGAGAGCAAACGUGAGGGUUUCUAUGUGGGCCUCGUACAGUCCAACUCUCGCAUUCGGACACUAGUUAGGAACGCCCUGUUAUGA